AAGGGGCGGACAUUGUAUCUUGAGAACGACAGAAAUGGCAACCAACUGUGCAUCGCAUUACAGAUCACCAACCAAUGGGUGGUGGCAGCGCUGAUUCUGUUCCCCCAAUAGGAAAGGGGCAGACGGGGAGGCGUUACUUCCUGGAGACUUCAGGUGUGGUAGCCGGCGCUGCGCCGGUAGCCGGGACGGGGAUCUGAGCUGGCAGGAUGAAUGUGGGGGUGGCACACAGCGAAGUAAACCCCAACACUCGAGUGAUGAAUAGCCGAGGCAUCUGGCUGGCCUACAUCAUCUUGGUAGGACUGCUGCAUGUGGUUCUACUCAGCAUCCCCUUCUUCAGCAUUCCUGUUGUCUGGACCCUGACCAACGUCAUCCAUAACCUGGCUAUGUAUGUCUUCCUUCAUACGGUGAAAGGGACACCCUUUGAGACUCCUGACCAAGGAAAGGCUCGGCUACUGACACACUGGGAGCAAAUGGACUAUGGGCUCCAGUUUACCUCCUCCCGCAAGUUCCUCAGCAUCUCUCCUAUUGUGCUCUAUCUCCUGACCAGCUUCUAUACCAAGUAUGAUGCUGCUCACUUCCUCAUCAACACAGCCUCAUUGCUCAGUGUACUGCUGCCGAAGUUGCCCCAGUUCCAUGGGGUUCGUGUCUUUGGCAUCAACAAAUACUGAGGGAUGGGUUUUGGGACAGCUCCAUGGGCAUGGGGAAGGCAGUGAAACAGAGGACUAUAAAACAUCCUUCUCUUAUUCUCCAUACUGUCGUCUACACCUUGAAAGCGUGAGACCUAUACAACCUUUCCCAGACUCCCAAGAAGAGAAGAGAUUGGCAAAUGGGGCUCCUGGGCCUAGUCCUGCCAGCGGCAAGUUUCUUUGAAUCAGGAAGGCAGGUGAGGUAAGGGCCAAAUCACUCUCCUCCAUAGCAGGAAGCCAUUUGGGCAGCUUGUUCGGUGAUUACAUCUUUCCAUAUCUUCUACACCUACCACUUUCCAGCUCUGUUUUGCUGUGUAUUUUUCUUAUAAUAAUUUUUUCCAGCUAUAGCUGCAGUUUAAUCAGCAGGAAGGGCAGAGAGCUGUCCUCAUAAGGCUGGGGGUAGGAAGAGGGAAUACUGACCUAAUGUAUAAAACUUAAAACAAUUCUCCAGUCCCCUCUCCUUUGGUCCAGUAGGAGGUGCCCUUCACUCUAAGCUUAACACUUCGUAGGGAAGGGAUUCUCAAAUGAGAAAAAGGGCUCCAGUUGUAUGGGCAAAAAAGAGGGAAGAUACAGGUUACCAGUUAUACAUUUAUAGAAAGAUAAUCCCCUGGCUUUAAAUAGGUAUGUACAUACAAAUAUGAACAAACUUAAAAAAAAAAAUACAAACCCUUGAAUCACAUGGGGGCUUCUGGGAACCCCUGCAUCCUUCCCCCUCACCCAAGGGCAGUGGGCAUGAAUCUACUUUUUAAAAAUGAUUAAUUUUGGCCAUCCUUGCAGAAAAGAGCCUAAAAUUGGGUGAUUUACCCACAAAGUGAAAGUGGAGGGAAAAUUCAGUUUCCACUCUCCGAACUCUAUGCGGUAAUCUAUCAUUAGGGCUACAUGCUUUCUUGUUCUGUCUUUUAAAUAUUAUAUCAGGGUAAAGGAGAGGGCUCCUCCUGAAAUGGGUCAAGAAAGAAGACAGACUUGUGGCUUUAAAAGGGUGGGAAAAAGUGUCAUCUGCCCUAAAAGCAAAUGACAAGACAAAGGCAUACAGACCCCAGGGAAAUACCCAGUUCCCACACCUAAAGGGAUAUACUGUCCAGCCCAGGUCCAGGCCCUAGGUUCUUUACUCUAGCUACCCCCUAUUUCUUUGGUAUUGUCAAAAGACAAGAUUCAGGCCAGGCGCGGUGGCUCAUGCCUGUAAUCCAGCACUUUGGAAGGCCAAGACGGGUAGGUCACCUGAGCUCAGGAGUUUGAGACCAGCCUGAGCAACAUGGUGAAACCCUGUCUCUACUAAAAAUACAAAAAAGAAUUAGUUGG